CCAAAAUGCAAGCUUUCCACUUGAUAACCAAGUACCUUGUUGGUGGCGAGCCUGUAAUGCUUCUUCACAUUUACUUAUUUCAUUUAAAAAUGUUGUAUCUUCAAGCAGAUCUCAUAAGCUACUUAAACAAGAACUACCUUGCAUAACAGAAUCAUUUAAUGUUUCCACUAUCUCUAAUACUCCAA